UCUUUCAAGUGAGAGAAAUAAAACAGUGAAACGAAACUAAAACCCCAGAGUUCAUCGAUCCAUCUCUGAAUAUUUACUCUGAUAUCUCUAAAAUUUGUGUUUUCUCUGAUUAGUGAUAAAGUUAACUCAGUUGUUCAUCUUCAAAGCCCUAUAACUGAAGUGGAAGAACUUCAAAAUCAGAUAUGGCAGAAGAGGAUCAAACGGUUGUGAUGAAGGAGAAGGAGGAUGUCGCAGAGGAUAGUAUUUCGACUUUAAUGGAAGACACGGUGAUAACUACGGAGAAGUCUUCUGAACCAUUUGAUGCCUUGACAGCAAACAAGAUCAUAUGCCGCGUAUGCCAGAAGCAAUUUUCACAAUAUACUUGUCCUCGAUGCAACUUGCGGUACUGUUCCCUUCAAUGCUAUAAGGGGCAUAGUCUUCAAUGUACUGAAUCUUUUAUGCGAGAAAACGUAAUGGCAGAGUUGAACCAAACACAGCCAGAUGAUAACUCAAAACAGAAAAUGCUGGACAUAUUGAAACGAUUUCACUCGGAAGAGGAGUCAAUUGAAGGCAUGGAUCACAGCGAUAAUGAUGAUAAUGAUGAUCAUACUUUAUCUGAAGAGACUGUGCAGAAGAUUUUAUCAGGAAAUCAAGUCAGUUUGGAUGACUUGUCUCCAGAAGAGGUACAACAGUUUCAGAGAGCAGUGGCUUCUGGUGAACUAAGUAAACUAAUAAAACCCUGGAACCCAUGGUGGUUUAACCUUUCUGCAAAAAUAAUUUCAUUUAGCCGUGAAGGAACUCAACUCGUGAAGCCACUUCAGCAACAAGCAUUGCCACUACAUGAUACCCUAGAAGGGGGUCAAUCUACUGAAGUUCCUCCUGGACCUGAAAACCCACUUCCACCUAUUAACAAACUGAGUUCAACAAAUCCAUCCCCGCUUUUGUCAGUCCACCUUAUCGACAUUAUAUAUAGCUAUUGUUUUACACUCCGCCUUUACAAUGGAGACUGGAAAUCUGACGCAUUUGAUGCAGCAACUGUUGUUUUAAGCUUAUCCUCUGUAUUCGGCGAAGGCGUGCAACCUGAGAGUGUAGCAGAAGCCCUAGCCCACAGCAUGAAGCAAACAUGUUCAGCAUCUUAUAAGCAUGCAGGUGGGCUCCAAUUCGGAGUGGGUCUUAUUGAUGAUGCCGUAACUCUACUUCAUCUUGGACGAAACGCACUGGUCUGUGCUCUUUGUGAUCUACAAAGACUUAUCCAGGCAGGAGGACACGAGUUGAGAUCUGAAAGCUUGAGAAAGUUGAAGAAGAGUGUGAUGAAGACUAAGCUUAAACUUGUUGACAGGAAAAUAUAUUUCAUGAUGUGCUGGGUUUAUGGACAACCAAAGGAAGCUUGGACUUCAUUGGCAACGCUUGUUGAAAUGGAGAAGGGUACUAUGGCUGACAUUUAUAGUGGAGAUAGAAAUAAACCAGUUAAUAUCAAUAUUAGCGGUGAAAAGGAAUCCAAAAACAAGGAUUUGAUUAAGGAAGUUAAGUAAAUUACAGUAUAUGGAAAUUGUAUUGAGAUCAAUUAGUCGAUCGACCAAGUCAACACGAUCAUGUCUUCCCCAGGAUAAUUACGUUGAGAAGAACAAUUUUGCUUGAGGCUACUGGAGAAGAAUUUUGGUGAGUUUUUGGAAGGAAGUUUUCUUUUUUAAGACCAUCUGGAGGUGGUAAGUCAUCUUCCUCCAGUAAUUGGUAACGUGUUUUUGAAGCUAAGAUGAAAGGAUCCCCCCCAAGCAAUGGUAUUUCUGAUGAAGAUGAUGUUCGCCCCUACUUGGAUUAUCAGCUACAUGUUCAAGACUAAAACAUCCAUUCUCUGAAAACCUUCAUUCCUGCAGGGAAAACUAAAACGUUUGGCGAGUACAGUGAUUAUCUACAGAUUGUAAUGUUGUCAGAAUAUAAUGAUUUAGCUGCAGGAUGGGUGCAGGAAGAGAAUUAGUAAAAGUUCAUGCUUUCUUUUAGGUAGUUUUGUACUGACAUCAAGUUGCGGUGUAUAAGUUUCUAUAUACAGUGAGCAUUUUCUAAAUUUACAGAGCGAAAGCAUAGAUUAAUUAGUUGGGUCAUGCUGCUUCAGAUAGUCUCAAGACUUUUCAUCCAUUAUAACUAAUCUAUACAUAUUUCCUUUUUUU